UAUAUAAUAGGUCCACAACGCGUGGUUCUCUCGUAGAACUGUCAGUGGCGUUCCGCCACAAGUGUCCGGCAGCGGUGUAGCAGGAUUUGCAGCAGUAGCAGUAGGUACCUAAUAAUAUUAUACCUAUCAUAGCACUCGCUGUGGCCGACCGACGCAGGCCCUGAACAAUAUCUUCGCCGUUACCAUAUACCGCGGUUACCGUUACGUAUAAUAAUAAUAAUAUUAGUACACUAUAUUAUUAUAUUAUACAUAUAUAAUAUAUAUGGAGUUACCAUCACGAUACACGUCGAUGGAAGCGUCGUCGUCGUUGUCGUCAACGAAGCGGCCCGCAGCUGCUGUCGUGACUUCCGCGUUGCGCUGCUGGUCGUACACAGAAGCGGAGCGCCAGCAUCUGUUCAGGGUGUCCCGGUUGUUCAUCACGUCCUAUUACGUGUACGUGUCAUACUACGGGCUGUUUGUGUUGGACCUGAACGGGGUCGAUCUUCCCACGUGGGGCAACUUAGGUUCCAACUGGUGGUGGAAAUGCAUCUCCGUGUGGAAUCUGAUAUUGCAAGUUGCUUACUUUAUUUAUUGCACAGUUUUCAUAGACUAUGCCGAUUCAGGCCCUGGAAAGUCGUGGAUGAAACCUAGAUUACAACAGAACAAGAAAAUAAGGGAUUUCAUAUUUGUUAGUCUUGUAUUUCCAGUAACAAUUGAUGUCUGUGUUAUGUUUUGGGUAAUAUGUGCAGUGAACAAGCCUCUGUUAUUUCCAAACGAAAUGAACAAUUGGAUACCGGACUGGUACAACCACGCCGUGCACACUAAUCCGAUCGUGUUAACGUUAUUCGAUAUGGCCACCACCAAGCAUCAUCUUCCAAAACUAAUCGAAUCCACGGCCGGGCUGUUCGCGCUGUCUGGCUCAUACGUCACAUGUUUACUUUAUAAUAAAUUUACAACUGGAAGAUGGGUGUAUCUUAUCAUCGGAGAAGUGACAGCAAGUUUGACGGAAGUGAUCAUUUACUUUGCAGUAACGGCUUUUAUUAUGCCAUUUCUGUGUUUGCUGAUUGGUCACAAAAUGUGUUCAUGGUUUUCAAGCCCACAAAUGAAAGGAAAACAUAAAAUGUCUUAAGAACAAUACAAUAAUGUAUUAAUAUAAUAAAUAAUAGUCAAACCUUUAUAACAUAUAGUAUUACUUUUGCAACAAUGUUUACCAAAAUAAAUAUUCUUGAUUUUAUUAAUUAAAAACAAGUAGAUAUCUAUAAUAGUUAAUACUAUAUUCUGGACUAUGAUUAGUGUCAUACAAGUUUAUUUAUAUUAAAGCGUUUUUAAAAUUUUAUUUUUUCAAGUUAUAAAUAAUAUGUUAGCAUACAGAACACGUUUAAGGCGAUUAAUCGUCACAAAGCUAGUUUUGGUGAUGUAAAAAUGUUUUAUAUUUUUUAAUUUAUAACUUAAACGGUGUGUUGAUGUAAAGUAAUAUUAUUUUUAUUAGGUAUAAUAAAUAGUUACUUAAAUUAAAAUAUGUGAUAGUAGUUAUUACCAAACUAAAAUUGCUCAAUCAUCUAUUUUGAGUUUUAUUUAUCUAAUAAAAAAAAAACAUUAUAAUUAACACUUAUGUGAUAAUAAAUGAAAA